CUCCCCAAAGGCGCUUCUUUGCCUCCGGGGUUGUUGUGGUUUCAGGUCAGGGCUGAGGGUUGUGGUGACCGGAGAUCUCCCGGUUCGGCGGGUUCCGAGGGGUGCUUGAUCUCUGAGAAAGCUUUGCUUGUUUUCGGGGUGGGUGUAAAGAUGAAAUUUCAGCUAAAAAAGAAUAAAAUACCCUUCUGCUGCUCUGGUUUUGGGCUGCCAGCUUUGAUAGCACAUCCUGCUUGGACAGAUGUGUGAGGAGCAGCAUACAGCCUCCCAGUUUCUUGAGGUGGGUGUCUUUCUGAGGUGGUAGUCUCAUCAGGUUUCUAAAUGCCCUUAAAGCCAAAAAAACCCAAGAGCAGAGAAGUUCAAUCGCAGUAUUUUGCCCCUGUGGGAUCCACAUAAGGUAUGUAGAGAGAAGAUAGCUGAUGGCAGCUUGUGAGAAGAGAAUACGGAAGUGGUGACUGAUGUAGUUGGAAAGGCUUUUGGUGCAGAAAUUGGCAAAGUUCUAACUAAUUCUCGAGGGAGGGAGUUUUUGGUUUGGUGUGUCUCACUUGUGUCUUGUGUUGGUGGCUUUCAGCAUGGUCUCAUUUCUUUUACAGAGUAAUAUGAAGAGUCUAGAUGCUGUAAUUCAAUUAUUGGUUAACGACACUAGUGCAUAGAAAGAAUCCACAGCUGACUUAGGUUAAUGAGAAAAUUAACGAUGCCCACAUUGGCUUACCUUUCACCUUAAAAUGACUGAAUGCUUGGCAGUAAGUGUAAAGAGGCUUUCUGUUUGGUACUAACAAUGUUCAUGUAUCCAAAAUGGGUAACAAAAAUUUCCUAAGUAUAUACUUAUUUAGUGUUGACAGUGAUGUCUGAGCAGUUGUUACAGGCUCUUGAAUAAAAUAAGUCUAAGAAGCAGGUGUUAAACUAGCAGGCAAGGGUUGUGGUAGCAACUAUAUUAUGUCCUUUUAGUCAUUGCAUGUCCUGCUGCUGCUGUCACCCCCUGAAAAAACCAUGUCAUACAAUGAAGCAAGUUGAAUUCUGACAGACGCUUUUGGUUCAUUGUUUUAUUUUUUCUGUUAAUUUGUAUGCGGCUGUUUUUAAAUCUUUUAAAUAUAAAGCUAGCUCAUCAGUUUUUAAGAAUAAGUGAAGAAUUAAUGUUUCUGCAACUGACAACUUUCCCUUAAGAUGAGAAAAAAUACUUUUCAGAAGUCCCAAGUUUUAAAACUUGGAGCUCUCUUGGAUAAGUGAUUGGUUUUCAGAAUGUAUUUCUGAAAAGUUAGUUACUCUUGCCUAAUAAACUAGGAUAAUUAUGCAUAAUUUGUUUUGUAUAGGAAAAAUUAAUACUGAUCUGUUUCCAAUCUUUGUUAUUGAAAAGUAGAGAACAAGUCUCAGUUUGAUGAUAGUUUAAUGAUUGUCAUGGAAGUCUGGUAACACAUCAGGCAGGCUCCAAGCCCACAGUGUACCUGCGAGUGCAGCUAUGUGCUGGCGCAGCCUGUGUCUUAGCUGGAGGUCAGGGAAGGGCCACUGGAGUUCAUCCCCCUUCAACUCCGUUUGCAGGAAGCUUAGGAAGAUUUUCUCCUAUGCGUGGGGUGCCCACUGCAUGGAGGUUUCUUGUUAUGCCUGGGAUGAAUUUUGCUCUUGAAAUGCCUGUAAAAUUAGACUAGGGAAUUUAAGUUGUUGCACAUACAUUUGAUGUUACUACUGCACACAGUGUUACGUGUUGUACAGCUUAGAACCAAAAUUACUGUGUUCGGUAUUUCACUGUAUUGCAACACUUUUAAUGUCGGCUCACAACAGUAAAAGUGCAUGUUUGUGUGGGUUGGAGAGAUGCUUUUGAUGUUCCAUACUUAAGGUACUUACAUGAAGGUGGUGGUGUAGAAUGCGUUUGGUCCCAUGGCAUUGUUUCUCACAUCUGCUCUCUAAACCGCAGCAAGGACUCUUUUCUUACCUCUUGUGCUCAGUGUUUUGCAAGGAGACAUUCUGGCGUAUCCCCAGGCGGGAGCUACUUCCAUGUGGGCUUCCUGCUGUGGGUUGCUGAAUGAAGUCAUGGGUACUGGAGCUGUCCGUGGCCAGCAGGCUGGCUUUGGGGGAGGUGCUGGCCCAUUCAGAUUCGCACCAAAUACAGACUUCUCAGCAUACCCAUCUCCAGCUGCGGCAGGUGCUAACAUAGUUUGCAAAGCCUGUGGACUUUCCUUUUCAGUUUUUAGGAAAAAACAUGUGUGUUGUGACUGCAAGAAGGAUUUUUGCUCAGUUUGUUCAGUCUUACAAGAGAAUCUCAGAAGAUGUUCCACUUGUCACUUGCUGCAAGAAACAGCCUUUCAGCGCCCUCAGUUAAUGAGAUUGAAAGUAAAGGAUCUGCGUCAGUAUCUGAUUCUCAGAAACAUACCAACGGAUACUUGCAGAGAGAAAGAAGACUUGGUGGAUCUCGUGCUGUGCCAUCAUGGAUUAGGUUCGGAGGAGGAUAUGGACGCUAGUAGCUUGCAUUCCUCACGGUCACAGACUUCGGGCUUUUUUACUCAUCCAUUUUCUAUGUCUGUAUCGGUGUCGUCUCAAGGGGAACUAGCAAACAGAAGGGGAAGCACAGGAAAUGGAACACCUUCACGGGGACAAAUGGAAACAUCCUCUAUAAAUAAUGAAGAAGAAGAAAGUGCAGAAGAGCAGACCCCUGGAUUGUCCAGAAAGCGAGUGAGGGCAUCUUUGUCCGAUAUUUCAAGUCUGGAAGACAUUGAAGGGUUGAGUGUUCGGCAGCUGAAGGAAAUACUUGCGUGUAAUUUUGUCAACUACUCAGGAUGCUGUGAAAAAUGGGAACUUGUGGAAAAAGUGAGCAGACUAUACAGAGAGAGUGAAGAAAACCACAAGACACAGGGUGAGAAGAUGCAGCUGAACGAUAACGAUGAUAACCUGUGUCGGAUCUGCAUGGACGCCAUCAUCGACUGCGUCCUGCUGGAGUGCGGCCAUAUGGUCACUUGCACCAAGUGCGGCAAGAGGAUGAGCGAGUGCCCCAUCUGCCGACAGUACGUCGUACGGGCCGUGCAUGUGUUCAAAUCUUAAACCAAGACCAAAACUGGAUUUUAUAGUCACCCUUCCCGGAUUUCUGUGGGCAGCAGUGCCGAACCUUGGGGCGAUGUCAGCUUUUUAGUUCUCAAUAAACACAGCAUUUUGAACAUCAGCAUCCAGGAGUUUGUGAAACAUUUUUCUACGGCAUCCUGAAUCCCAUGGUUGGGCAGUAUGAUACGAUGCCUGUGCGUACAGUACUAGCGCUGCCUGACUGACUGACCUUGUAAAUCCACAAACUCUUUGAGUCAAACUGUUUACAGCAGUUCUUGCUCUCUUCUGAAGAAUAUCACCUCUACUGGUCGCAUUCAGGACUCAGCAAGGGGUUGGAAAACACCUCUGCUUGACUGCAGUAGCGUGUUAUGUUGUCUAGUGCAUUAGAAGCAAUGAACAUAUCAGUUGAAUAUUCAGCUUUUACGUAAUUAUAGAAUGUAACUGUUUGGACACUGUCCCUGCAACAGUGUUAACAGUAUAAAAUAGGACUGUAGAAAGCACUGCCAUUAACUGUACCUGCACAGAAGCCCUUAAGCAAUCUAUUUUAUGCCGAUUGCUCCGUUCCAAAUGUCUGUCAUGACACAUGUCAUGUCUUGGCUAUUCCUUGUAAACGUACAGAAAACUCUGUCACUUCGCAGGUCUCUGCCACAUGCUGUCCAACUACUAAGUGUUUUUUAGUUUAGGAAUAAAAUAUUUUUUUAAAAGAGGGGUAUAGUAAACCAUAUUGUUGUGGUCCUUAAUCCACUCAUGCCUCUUGUGACUAUUAAUUUACAUGUGAUGAUUGUACACCAUGUGCUGACAACAUGAUGUUACUGUGAAUACUAAUCAGGGUCAUGAAACUAUUUGCUGCUAACAUGUGGAAUGUAUGGUGUUACUAACCUUAAAGGGGGAGGGAAACAUGGUCUUUGUUUAAAACCUCAUGUUCACAGGCUUCUGACCAAGGCUAAGCCACUAUUAACCAUGCUUCCCCUUGGCUGCUGAAUGACCCCUGUUGCUGUUACCCCUUGCUCCAGUUUCUGGCUGGGGUAAGGGCCCUCUUGGAGCAAGAAUUUCCAUGGUCCUUGCAGGAUAUCUGUGACAGAUGACCUGGGGAAGGUAGAGAGCAGCAAGAACCACUUGUGUUCUGGGGACAGGCUGCCUGUGGCCAUGACAGUGUCUGAUUGAGUUCACUGUAAAAAAAAAAAGAGAGGUGAGGAAGGACCUAGUCUGGCCAGGACAGGCAGCCUUUAAGGAGGGUUGAUCAAUGAAGCUGCAGUUUCUCGUUUUAAUUUCCCACAUGCUAGCAAAGUAACAGAGACAGGGGCAUCUUCUGCCAAGGCUGCAGUACCUGAGAACUCUUACCUCUGCUGCACUGUCAUGCCUGCUCUUGUCUUUUAUGUGAAAAAUUAAGCUGGCUUGAAAAAGAGAAAGUAGCUCCUCCUCAAAAUAAAAUGCACAGCUUGGAGACACUGCUGGUUAUUUUUCAGAAGGGAGCAAACCUCUCAAUGGCUUUAUUUUUUAGAAGUAACUUUUUAAUGGUAAUUAAUUCCUCAAGUUUCUGUUCAGUGGGUAAGCUAAUGAAAAAAACAUGCCCUCUAUGUUAUUUCCAUGCUGAUCAUUAGCCACACAAGCUUAAUAAAGAUUUGUGAUGGGC